UACCGCCCUCCUGCUUCCGGUGAAUUCACAACAUCCAAGAUGUCUGCUGCCAUAUCUUCCCUCGUUUCGUACGGUAGCGAUUCUGAUUCAGAAAAUGAGUCGGAAUCCAAUAGCAGUGUCGAGAAAGUGGACCCAGUGAGCCCGGACGCCAUGGCUCACCUUAAACCUCUGCAGUCUGGACAAACGAUGUCUUUGGCUGUUCUCAAUUCUGCUCCCGAGGUCGCCGUUAAGGAGGCUGUUGAGACUGGCACACACCUGGACCCGUCAUUGAAAGAAGUCACUUAUAACCCCACGUAUGAAACCAUGUUUGCACCAGAGUUUGGGCCAGUGAACCCAUUUAAAAGCCAGCAGAUGGCUGCUCCCAGGAACAUGUUAUCUGGCUAUGCAGAACCUGCUCACCUCAACGACUUCAUGUUUGAACAGCAAAGGAGGACCUUCUCCACCUAUGGUUAUGCUUUGGAUCCAUCUGUUGACACACACCAGGUAUCCUCUAAUAGCUACAUUGGUGCAGUGGAUGAGGCUGAGAAAAAUAAAGGGCUUACUGUGUUUGAGAGCGGACUUAAGAAGUCAGAGAAAAGGAAAAAGGUCAAAGGUGGCGAUGCACAAGAGAUCGACAACUUCCUUGGACCAUGGGCAAAAUAUGCAGACGAGAAAGCUGUGGCCAAACCAUCAGAGGAAGAGCAGAAAGAGCUGGAUGAGAUCACAGCCAAGAGGCAGAAGAAGGGAAGGAACGAGGAAGAUGCUCCUGCAGAGGAGAAGACCAUUCUCCAUGUUAAAGACAUGUACGAUUAUCAGGGCAGGUCCUAUCUCCACGUCCCACAGGAUGUGGGCAUCAACCUGCGUUCUGCGGAAGCUCCAGACAAGUGUUACUUGCCUAAGAAACAGAUUCAUGUCUGGUCUGGACACACCAAGGGUGUCAGUGCUAUCCGACUGUUUCCUAGCUCUGGUCAUCUGCUGCUCUCCUGCUCCAUGGACUGUAAGAUCAAGCUGUGGGAAGUGUAUGCCGAGAGGAGAUGUGUAAGGACGUUUAUUGGCCACAGCAAAGCAGUGCGAGACAUUUGCUUCAACAACACUGGGACCCAGUUCCUCAGCGCUGCCUAUGACCGCUACCUUAAACUCUGGGACUCUGAGACAGGCCAAUGUAUCUCCCGCUUCACCAACAGGAAGGUACCGUACUGCGUCAAGUUCAACCCAGAUGAGGACAAACAGAACCUUUUUGUGGCCGGCAUGUCAGAUAAGAAGAUUGUUCAGUGGGACAGCAGGACAGGUGAGGUGGUUCAGGAAUACGACCGUCACCUGGGAGCCGUCAACACCAUCACCUUUGUUGAUGAGAAUCGUCGAUUUGUCAGCACGUCCGACGAUAAGAGUCUUCGAGUUUGGGAGUGGGACAUCCCUGUGGACUUCAAGUACAUCGCUGAGCCCAGUAUGCACUCUAUGCCAGCUGUGACACUCUCUCCCAAUGGUAAAUGGCUAGCAUGCCAGUCUAUGGACAACCAGAUUCUGAUCUUUGGAGCCCAAAACCGCUUCAGACUGAACAAGAAGAAAGUCUUCAAAGGCCACAUGGUGGCUGGCUAUGCCUGCCAAGUGGACUUCUCCCCAGACAUGAGCUAUGUGGUGUCAGGAGAUGCAGAUGGAAAGCUGAACAUUUGGGAUUGGAAGACCACCAAGCUUUACCACAGGCUCAAGGCUCAUGACAAGGUGUGCAUCAGUGCCCUGUGGCAUCCUCAUGAAACCUCCAAGGUCAUCACCUGCGGUUGGGAUGGACAAAUCAAACUCUGGGACUAGAUCUCUCUGUGUGUGUGUGUGUGUGUGUGUGUGUGUGUGUGUGUGUGUGUGUGUGUGUGUGUGUGUGUGUGUGUGUGUGUGUGUGUGUGUGUGUGUGUGUGUGUGUGUGUGUGUGUGUGUGUGUGUGUGUGUGUGUGUGUGUGUAACCCACAGGGCUGGUAUCCAGUCUUAUUGUAGCAGUGUAUUUUUGUAUCCUGUCGUAAGAGCUCAAAAUAUGUACUCAAGCAUACUUUUAAAAAUUUCUACUGCAAAAGGCAUAUUAGAGGGGUACCUUGGCUUUUUUUUUUUUUUUUUAAUAAAUGUUUUGUUAUGUUAACUUGCAAUGUCCUAUGUGUUAUGACUCUGUAAUCCUUGGUCAAAAUUCUUAAUUUUCAAUUGUAUGACCAUCCCUUUGUGGAAAUAAACAUUCUGCAAAUUUUACCUCUUAA